GCUCUUGUGACAGUCACUCAUGCGUGUAGGUCUAUAGUUUGCUCUUGUGACAGUCACUCGUGCGUGUAGGUCUAUAGUUUGCUCUUGUGACAGUCACUCAUGCGUGUAGGUCUAUAGUUUGCUGUUGUGACAGUCACUCGUGUGUGUAGGUCUAUAGUUUGCUCUUGUGACAGUCACUCAUGCGUGUAGGUCUAUAGUUUGCUCUUGUGACAGUCACUCGUGUGUGUAGGUCUAUAGUUUGCUCUUGUGACAGUCACUCGUGCGUGUAGGUCUAUAGUUUGUACUUGUGUAAGUCUUUCCCCCAAAAGUUUGUACGAGGGAGUACCAAAUUUACUUCUGCAAAAUGGAUUUAAAAUAUUGUACGAUAAUUAUAAUUCUUUUUUCUGAGGUGAGUAGCUUUGAUUACAACUUGAGACUAAAUUUGUAUCGCUAAAAGAAGUAUUGCUCAGCUGAUCACAUCAAAUUAAUCAGUAGCGUCAUUUUUCAGUGAGGUGUUUAGAAUCAAAAGUCAUUAUAAUCUCUGGUUCUAAUUUUUUUUUUAAAAUUGAAAUGAAGGUGUUUUUUUUUAAAAAUGGAAAUAAAGGUGUUUAUUUUAAAAUUGAAAUAAAGGUGUUUUUAAAAAAAUUGAAAUAAAGGUGUUUUUUUAAAAAUUGAAAUAAAGUUUUUUUUUUUUUUAAAUUGAAAUAAAGGUGUUUUUUUUAAAAUUGAAAUAAAGGUGUUUUUUUAAAAAUUGAAAUAAAGGUGUUUUUUUAAUUGAAAUAAAGGUGUUUUUUUAAAAUUGAAAUAAAGGUGUUUUUAAAAAAAAUUGAAAUAAAGGUGUUUUUUAAAAAUUAAAAUAAAGGUGUUUUUUUAAAUUGAAAUAAAGGUGUUUUUUUAAAAAUUGAAAUAAAGGUGGUUUUUUUAAAAUUGAAAUAAAGGUGUUUUUUAAAAUUAAAAUAAAGGUGUUUUUUUUUAAAAUUGAAAUAAAGGUGGUUUUUUUAAAAUUGAAAUAAAGGUGUUUUUUUAAAUUGAAAUAAAGGUGUUUUUUUAAAUUGAAAUAAAGGUGUGUUUUUUUUUAAAUUGAAAUAAAGGUGUUUUUUAAAAAUUGAAAUAAAGGUGGUUUUUUUAAAAUUGAAAUAAAGGUGUUUUUUUUUUUAAAGAAAACAAAAUUCAAUGGAUCAUUUUUAAAGGAGUAAAAACCAAUAAAAGUUUAUUGAAUUUUUUUUGUUUACAAAUCGAAGCGGAUUAAUUUCCAAGAAGGUUUUCCAGAACCACUGGUACGAUAUGCCGAGUAAACUAAUUAAGAUGAUAACAACGUCAUUGAGUUAAAAAAAAAAUAAUGGUUGGAGAGCACCCUAAUAAUUAUAGGAAAUUAUUUCCUUUGUGAGUAUGUACCAAGAGAAAAAUGGGGCGCCCUACAAGGUGUAAUGCUGUCUCUGCUAGUUCUAGACUAAGUGAACCAAACUAUCUUUUUGAUGAUACUUUUCAAAUUCUUUUAAAAUAAUAAAAUAAAUCCAUUAUACGUGUCAAAUAACAUUUAUAACAAUACCCGCAUUAGUAAAAAAAUUUUUUUUUAAAUUCCUUUCCUGGCGACGUAUUUAUUUAUUCCAUUGUCAUAGGUGAGCUCAAUUUUCCAAUUAAACAUUCAUUUAAAGGCUAAUGCUAAUUGAGAUCUAAUUAUGAAAGUUAUUUCUUGAUAGUAAAUUUUGUUAUUAUUAAAAUAUGAAAUAGAGACGCAACGAUUUGAAAUAAGAAAAAUUCAAUUAUAAUAAAUAUAGAGAUUAUUUAAAUUUAAUGUCGAUAUAACAAAUAGCUGGAAUUGACCAUCACAAACAAACUGUCACGAAUAAAAAUACUAGAUAAAUGUUUAAAAUAUUUUUAAAAAUAAACUUUCAAACAGUUUGUGCAUGGAGCCGACGAUCAAUUUUGUUCAACAUCAUCUUCACGUAGACCCUAUGGUGAUUCCUGUAGCGACUCAUCUCAGUGCACCACGAACAACUGCAACAACUACCGUUGUCUUUGUCCUUCUAACGCGUACUACCACAAUUGUAAAGCUGCUUGUGUCUUAAGUAGGUAUUUAUUACAUUAGUAAACGUGUUUAAGACAUUUGACACACGAAUUGAAAAAAAAAUUUUAACUCUAGAAUAAAUUUGAAGUGCUUCAUUAAGAUAAAUAAAAUGCCUUUUUGUAUGAUGAAAUAGAGGUAAUUCAACUGAUUACUAUAAUCACGAACAUUCUCAGGUUGUAAUGCCACAAGUCAAGAUGCCAUUGGCACUAUUGUCAGCCAUGACUAUCCGUUGCAAUAUCCCAACAAUCUCUAUUGCAAGUGGACGUUAACUGGUGCGCCAAACACGUAUUAUAUUUUCAGGUAUUAUUUUAUUUAGAUAUAUGUAUGAAUUAAUACCAUUAUCAGCUGAUCAGAACUAACAAUUCUCUAUGAACCAUGGGACGACUAUUGGUAUUACCCGUAAAAAAUUUAACCUCAAUUUUCAUUAAUAGAAUAUUAUAGAUUUCUAAACAUUAUCUCUCAGUUUAGGAGGAAGAUGAGUUUCAAACUUUUAAAUGAGGCAAUUGCAUAUUCUAAAAAUGCAAUGCUGUUCCAAAGGUUCUAUCUCUUACUAAAACCUAAUUUAUGGGUGUUCAAUUAUUUGUGAAAUACUGUUUAUAAUGUUUCGCCGUGGGUCUAAAUAGUUAUACUUUUCUAGCUAUAACACAUGGUGCAAAUUGAGAUAAUUCUUAAUUAUUAUUUCUUCUAAUACACUUGUGAUCAUCUGCUUCUUCAUGCGCCAAUCAAUUUGCUGGGCGCUGGAUGAUGCCGAGAAGGCAGAAUGUAGUUCACGAUUGAGAUUCCCGAUCUAAAAUGAAUGUAUUUUGUCAAUGAAGUAUGAAUUAAAAUAAAUUAAUAUGACAUAAAUAAAUGUGAGACUGCGUAUCUGUUUGCUCAUGUUUAAAAUGUGUUUUGAGUAUCUGUCCAUCCCUGUGGCACUACAGCCCAUGUAGCACUUUCGUCUGCCACACCACUUCCUUCCACUCACACCAUCCGUUAAUCCCUGUCACGCGACAGCCUAUGUAGGGUUUUGGCCUGCCUCACCACUUCCUUCAACUCAGACUUAACUAAUGCUUUUCUUUUCCAUGUUUGGAUUCCCAGAUCCUGUAGAUCUUUUUCCACAUUACCCAUCUAUCUAAGCUUAGGUCUGCCUUGAGCCUAUGUUUUGAGUAUGUGUGUGUGUGUGUGUUUGAGUGUGUGUGUGUGGAAGGGUAUUUGUUUUGAGUUGCUUUAAGCAUGUGCAUUGGUGUUUGUAGAAAAGGGUGUAAGCAACGGGUGUUUAAGUUUCGAACACCUUUAAAUUACUAUGUAUGGUAAUCGUGUUCAGGUCACCGUGUUGUCUGAUUUCAAUCAAUAUUAAGAACAGAAAAAUGUGACAUCUCAAAUAAUAACAUCACAUGACAAUCAAAUGGAAGAUUAAAAAAUUUUCCCGUGAGUCCUUUCAAUGUUUACAAGCUAAGUCCUCAUUGUCCGCUCCUCUUUUGGUAUUGUAUAGUUGUGUUUGCGGAGGGAGGCUUUCAGCCGUAACGUUCACUUCAUUAUGUCUUAUGUUGUUAUUCAAGCGUUUACAAUGUCUGUUCUUAAUAUUGAAUCCAUGGGGGUUAAACUUAGUCUGUACUAUCAUUUCUUCUUUCAGCAUCUCAGACAUGGAAAUGGAAGAGACGUCUCAGUGCUACUAUGAUUCGCUGGGCAUGUACAGCGGACCAUCAGGCUCAACACAGCUUGCCUUGUUGUGCAAACGUAACGCGAACGGACCACAAACUAUUGCAUCCCUGGCUAACUCCAUGGAGGUUGUUUUUAAAACAAAUGAGCUACGUGCAUUUAGAGGGUUUAGCGGCUCUUACCAAAGAUUUGGUACGCUGAAAAUAUAAGUAACAAUGUUUCAAAGUUCAAUUUCAAAUUUCAUGUUUAAAAAUAAAAUCCCCCGAAAUUGUUUUGAUAUGUAACGCCCGGCUGCGUUGUGGCAGAAGUGUUCAUUCUGCUAUCUGUUAGCUCAAAUCAGCCUUUAAAGAAAACUAAAUAAAUUUUUUUUGAAACGUUUCUAUUUGCAAUGUGAAUUUUCUUCACAUACAUACAAACUUAAAAAUCAUGUUAAAGAUAUUUAUUUAUUUAGGCAUUUUUAUAUAGCGCUUACCUUAAAGCUCUAAGCGCUUUACAAUUAUUAAAAACAUGUAAACUAAGUAAAAUAUUCAUGCCAUCCUUCCAGAUUCCUGUAGGCUAUAGAACAGGUGAUAAAGAGCUACCUAUUGAAAAGAUUAUUACAUUUUUUUAAAUUGAAAAAAUUAGGAUCAAUAAAUGAAAAAAAAUCAAAUUUUCCAAAUUAAAAGAUUAUUAAAGACGCUAACUAUUUUUAACUAUUAUAAAACUAACACAUAAUAAAGGUUUAAAACAUAUGAAGCUGAAAAACAUGAAUUUGUGUUUAAGAUAACAACAUGACUCUCCGUGAUUCUGUAUUUGGUCACAUUGCAAGCCCUGGCUAUCCACGAACUUAUCCUACUUCAUCGUAUUUCUCGUGGAACAUCGAAGGCAAGAAUGGGACUUUUGUGUCACUAAGGUAUUGCGAUUACCUCUACAUCCCAUUUUUAAUAAAUAGAAGAUAUGCUAUGUUUGAACAGAUCAGAGGUAAGUCAUGUUGAAUAAUAAUAACUGACAAAAUUUAUGGAACUAGAUGCAGAAUCUGGACUUUAGAAUUUAGAGGUUACAUAUAAUGACAUUCUUUUUUUAUAUAUAUUCUUUUUGGUUUGUCAAUAUAACAAUUCAAUAACAUUUAAAACCUAGUUUAACAAUAUGAUAUGACUAGAUUUAAUGUGUCGAGAAUGACGGUUUCCCCUCAUUACUCCCCAAAAUGUGCCCCCUCUCCAAAAGAUAUUAAUUUCUACAUUAGCCUCUCCCAUCACAUUACCCCCUAAUCCUCUGACACCCCAUCUACUCUCGUCACCCACCCUAACCCAAUUACAUCUCCCUGUCCAUAAAUGACAGAUUUUUUCACGAAUAUUUUAGAUUUCAUGUAUUCAAAACGUAUAAUUUUUCUGAAAACUAUCAGAUUUUCAUAUUAAAUAACGUCUUCCUUAAUGUAGGGAAAUAUUAUGUAUUGUAGUUCAUCUGCAGCUUCUGGCGUUAUAGUUUUAGGGAUAAUCAUUUUCGCGUCAUUAUUGUUUUACCUUAAAUACACAGUGAUUGAAGUGCCCGCAUAGUCUGUUAAGUCAAAGUCUGCAUAGUCUGUUAAGUCUAAGUGUGCACAGUCUGUAAAGUUUAAGUCUGCUUAGUAUGUAAAGUCUUAGUCUGCACAGUCUGAAAAGUUUAAGUCCGCAUAGUCUGUAAAGUCUUAGUCUGCAUAGUAUGUAAAGUCUUAGUCUGCAUAGUCUGUAAAGUCUUAGUCUGCAUAGUAUGUAAAGUCUUAGUCUGCAUAGUCUGUAAAGUCUUUGUCUGCAUAUUAUGUAAAGUCUUAGUCUGCAUAGUCUGUAAAGUCUUAGUCUGCAUAGUAUGUAAAGUCUUAGUCUGCAUAGUCUGUAAAGUCUUAGUCUGCAUAGUAUGUAAAGUCUUAGUCUGCAUAGUAUGUAAAGUCUUAGUCUGCAUAGUAUGUAAAGUCUUAGUCUGCAUAGUCUGUAAAGUCUUAGUCUGAAUAGUAUGUAAAGUCUUAGUCUGCAUAGUCUGUAAAGUUUUAGUCUGCAUAGUCUGUAAAGUCUUAGUCUGCAUAGUCUGUAAAGUCUUUGUCUGAAUAGUAUGUAAAGUCUUAGUCUGCAUAGUCUGUAAAGUCUUAGUCUGCAUAGUCUGUAAAGUCUUAGUCUGAAUAGUAUGUAAAGUCUUAGUCUGCAUAGUCUGUAAAGUCUUAGUCCGCAUAGUAUGUAAAGUCUUAGUCUGCAUAGUCUGUAAAGUCUUAGUCUGCAUAGUAUGUAAAUUCUAAGUCUGCAUAGUCUGUAAAGUCUUAGUCUGCAUAGUAUGUAAAGUCUUAGUCUGCAUAGUCUGUAAAGUUUAGUCUGCAUAGUAUGUAAAGUCUUAGUCUGCAUAGUCUGUAAAGUCUUAGUCUGCAUAGUAUGUAAAGUCUUAGUCUGCAUAGUAUGUAAAGUCUUAGUCUGCAUAGUAUGUAAUGUUUAAACCUUGAUACAAUUGUUUCCUUAAAACUGAGAUGUAGUAUGAUUUCCCCUUAACCAUAACAAAAUUAAACUUUUUUGUUCAAGAUAAGGUAUGUUAAGGUGGGGGCGGUGGCGUAGCGAGGGUUUUUGGCGCCUGGGGACAAGUUCGCGCCCGGGAACAAGAUCCAUUUUAAAGCGCCCCUUUUUCUUUUUUCCAACUCUCAAACCAAAUAUUUUCAUCAAUAACAUAAUAUCAAAGCACAUUUUGGCACCCCUAACUAGCUGGCGCCCGGGGACAUCUGGGGGGGGGGGUGUUAAGAAAAAGCUCCGUGUCAUUAGGAAGUACAAUUCAAAUAUUCCACGAAUGAGGCUUCAUUUAUUAAUUUUUUUUAAAUUUGUCCUAAAUUUUGUUUUUAAAAAAUAAAAUUAAUAUAAGUUUCUUAAUUUUAUUUUUAAUUUUCAUCAAUAACAUAAUAUCAAAGCACAUUUUGGCACCCCUAACUAGCUGGCGCCCGGGGACAUCUGGGGGGGGGGGGGGUUAAGAAAAAGCCCCGGGUCAUUAGGAAGUACAAUUCAAAUAUUCCACGAAUGAGACUUCAUUUAUUAAUUUUUUUUAAAGUUGUCCUAAAAUUUGUUUUUAAAAAAUAAAAUUAAUAUAAAGUUCUUAAUUUUAUUUUUAAUUUUCCAAAUAAAUAUAAUGAUACAAGAUAUUUACUUACCACUAUAGUACAAAUUAAACCUAUCCAUGUGUUACUGUAAUUUAGGUCUCGGGAUUAAAUCAUUUCCAAUCAUUAGUUCUUGUACCACGUUAAUUUGCCGUAUAACUAUUGAUAUUUGAUCAGGAUCCUAAACUUCAGUCUAGCACCAACGUGGGCUAACGACUUUGUUCAAGUGUUCGAUGGGCCAAAUGAUACGUCUCCAUCUCUAGUUAAAAUGUGUGCCACGACGUUCGAGCCCCUGAUUAUGUCAACCAAACCAUUUUUGCGGAUUGUUCUGAGAACGAGCAAUGCUAAAAAUGUUUAUGGCUUUGAAGCAAGUUACCAAGUUAAUGGUGAGAAACAAUUAUUUUAAGAAUUAUUGCGGCAAAUUUCCAUAACAAAAUGCACUUGUUUUAUUUAAAAUUCAAGUCAUGGUGAGAAAAAAAUGACUAACCUUUCCCAAAUGAUUAUGAUUUUUUAAAAAAAUAUUUAUGUUUUAGACUUUUAGGACAGCCACGAUUUCUAAAGUGAUUUACUUCCUGGAAUGUAUUAUGUCAUCCGUUAUGUACAUUAUUUAAUGUAGAAAAUAGCCCUUCUCCAACUAUGUAAAUCUCUCUAAGCAUUCGCAAUCUAAAAGCAAAUAUUGCCCUGAAUUCUAUCCGGUUAAGCAAAACUGAAUUCCGUUUCUUUUUUGCAAAGUUUAAGUUUGUUUUCACGCUCAAAUCUUUUAUUUCGGAAUUCUUUUCCAUUUCCAUUUAAUUGAGUAAUCUCAACGUAGAGGCGUCAUAUUUUUUCCAAGUAAAAAUUUAAUUUCAAAAGAGAAUUUUUUUGGUGGGAAAAUAAUCAUAAUUUUUUUUAUUUAAUCUCUGAUGUUCUAAAUUAAUUAAUAAAAAACAUUAACAAAUAAAAUAAUUUAUUAUUUAUCAUUGCUAUUUUUUAACCCGGUACCUUAAACUGGGGAAUUAUGAUGCAUGGCACACAUAUUGCACAAAUAACUACUAUUAACUAUACAUAACAUACACACAAAUUCGCAUUAGUCUAUAUAUAGCAAAUCCCCAUUGGUUGCGUUCAAUGUAGAAAAUACUGAAUUUGAAACUGUCGAGGUCAGAUAUUUUUGUACCUAUUUUUUCCUUAUUUUCCUAAUACCUUUAUUUAUAUUUACCUAUGGGCCAAACCUGGCCUGUACGUAGACGUAAAGUGUGAAUCGGAGAUAAUAGGUAGAGAGAAAUUAAACCAACCUUACUGUUUUGUUGUUUCUUUGAAUUUCUUAAAUUCAUAUCAUUUACAGAUUUAUAUAACCAUGUCCAUUAUAAAUUACUCGUUCAAAUAUUUCCACUCGGUUUCUUUCAUUGUGACAAUUCCUUCCUUGGGUCUACUAUCUCCAUUACAAACAUUGGGCACGUCUUUCUUGUAUUAUUAUUAUUUCAGGUAGCGUGACCUAUUCGUUUUCAGACCUUAUGUAAAUCAGAGUGAAAUUUUAUUUUCAUGUUUAUAAUCAACAAUCAUUUUCAUAGAAUAUUUGGUCUGGGUAGAUUACUGUUAUUGUUUCAUAUAAUUGUUUGGUUUUUAGUUGAUUACAUGUAUUUAGGUGCACAUAACCUUAAUAAGUCUUAUUUCUCAGUAAAGUAUCUAAACAAAUCUACAUUUGUUGCGUUAAUUCUUAAAAAUAUUUGCUCGUCUGAACGUGUUCAAAAUUAUAUAUCAAGUAAUAUUACUUAGUGCUCGUGACGACACGCACAAAAUACUUUCUUUUUUUCUUUAUAAACCCCACAGAAACCAAGAAUUAUAAUGAUAACUAAAGAGACAAGUACACAUUUAUUAUAUUGUAGAUUGCCAAACAACAUUGACAGAACCAUCAGGUUACAUCGUAAGCCCUGGAUAUCCAUACGAAUAUAUUCCAUAUUUAAAUUGCACUUGGACAAUCAUUGCUGAUCCUAAUAAACUAAUAUUUUUCAGGUAAGUACGUGUUUAAGUAAAGUAAACUCUCCAGUUAAAUCCUGUAUUUGUUUCUUUAAAAUGUAUUUGUCGCUAGCCAUACAAGUGAAACUUUUACACAUUCGUCCAGGCUAUAACCAACAUCCUUAUUAAAUGGUUAACCACCCCCCCCCCACCCCCCCCCCCCAUUUUUUUUUCUUCUUCCCCUUUUUUAAUCUUAACAUAAGGUAAUAUUUGAAAACAACGGAAAGGUUAACCCCCCCCCCCCCCCCCCCCCCCCCCCAUUUUUUUUUCUUCUUCCCCUUUUUUAAUCUUAACAUAAGGUAAUAUUUGAAAACAACGGAAACAGUCUAAUCUGCAAUAGUUAUACAUAGCGAUAAUACGUUUAACAACGACAUGAGAUCAGGCCCGUUCUUAGGCAUACGUUGACUACGCAUCCGCGUAGGGCCCCGAACGUGAGGGGGCCCCCCGUGAGGCGCCCUCGAUCCCCCCGGUUUUUUUUUUUAACAGGCACUGCAGCCGUCUGUGUCACUCACGUUACCUUCCUCAUCCUGAAAUUUAUCAUUUGAGUUGAAAUAAGUGCAACCAGAGCCAGUCUUAGGGACAUAGGCAAACUAGGCAACAGCCUAGGGCCCCACUACCACCUGCAUGUCCAUAUAUUUCAGAAGUACACAUUUUCUCUUGUGGCGGAAUUAUCAAUAUGGUUAGUGGUUACACGCAAGCAAAGAGGAAACAUUGAUGAAGGCAGAAUGGAGGUGCCGCAGUGGUGGGUGGUGUUUUCUCCACAGCUCGGGGGAGCUCCAACCCCGGAUCCCCUCCUUCCGGGGCCCCCAACCUACGCUCCAUGCCUAGGGCCCCCAAACUCAUAAGAACGGCUCUGAUGAGAUUGACAGAAAAUUACAGGAGGAAAAUAACUUAUAACUCCAACCAGUUUUUAUCACUGAACCAGCUACAACCCGCCCAACAUUGGAGGCUCAAUGCGUGAACUUCCCAUGUGCUAAAGGCACUUCACAAAACAUGCAUUCAAGUAACACACUUUAGACGAAUCCCAAUUGGUGCUAACCCCCGUAGGUAUGCCAUCGGAUCUUUUUUUCACGCCACUGAACUUUAUUAAUAUUCUCAUUUCAACAUACUUAAAAUGAGACUAUUUUGGUAAAACAAAAGAAGCUGACAGAACUCAACUACGUCACUCUUAAGAAUCUCAUUUGGCGCAGUUAUCGGGAAUUUUAUUUUGCUUGCUACUGAACUCACUAAUACGCCAUUACUUUCUUCCAUACUUAGAAAAUUAUAUUAAUUGAUCACACUAAAGAAUACACUGAAUAGCAAAAAAAGUCAAUUCAAUUUUUAUUUUCUUAGUUUAUUUGUUUUUUCUUUGUUAUUCAAGUGUCCUUUUUUUUUUAACAUCAUAUUCCAAUAUAGUUUAAAACUCAAGGUGACGAAAAGCCACAGAGCUGAAAUGUGUUCCACACUUCAGUCGCAAGAGAUCUUCUAGCCUGUUGAACUUGGAAUAUACUUAAUACAUAUGUUUCGAAAAAAUAUGUCGUUAAUAAAUGAUGUAAUUAAUAUUUCAAUUCGGCAAAUAAAACAACGUGGCUGUCUCAAAAGAAUUGUAAAGAAACAAAGCAAUAAAUUCCGUUGCCGUCUAACACUGUAUUUCCCUCUUUGAACACCUUAUUGUGAUACUUAUUAAUGAAAGCAAUGUAAACUCUCAGACUUAAUAAUAAAAAUGGAUGCACAAACAAAAACACAUUCUUUUAACUAUACAUAAAAACUUUACUCUAUUUUUAGAAUAACGAAUUUUAGUCUAGAACCUCAAGCAAAUUGUUCAUUCGAUCACCUGAAAAUGUAUGAUGGACCUAAUACACAGGCAAACCUUCUAGGCACAUACUGUAUAAACGCUCCAGACCCACCCGUGAUAGUCUCUACAAAUAACGCCUUACAUCUUCACUUUAAAACAGACAGAAGUAUCAAUAAUCCAGGCUUCAGAGGAAUCCAUCUUACAGUCGGUAAGGUUUGACGACGCAUCGGUAACGGCCCUUAAUUUAAUACGAUUUUCGUUAUUCUUCUUCGAAACUUACUUAAGAAAUGGUUCCGAUAAAUGCUUUCAUUUACAAUUUUAAAAUAUAGGUAAGUCACUGAAAGACAAAAAUACAUUUUUUUACCAUGGCAGUAUUCGACGAACUCUACAUAAAGUCUUUUUUUUUAGGUCAUCAGUUACUGCAUUCGUGAGACUUAAUUAAUUAAACCAUAUAGUCACAUAUUUCAUUUGAAGUUAUGAAGAAAUCUUGUUAUAUUGAACAAAACUAUGUCAAAGAACUAAAAAAGUAAAUCGUGUGCUGUCAUGUAGAAGGGUAGAUGAACAUAUUGCUCAUUUUAUUGUAAACUUUUUCAAAUGUAAAAAUAAUAUAUAUAUUUAUGAAAAGUUUAGGUAUGUACCAAUAAAUUUAUAUCAUAUUUCGUGAGAUAUAUCCAUCUAUUUGUCUAUAUAUAUAUAUAUAUAUAUAUAUAUAUAUAUGUCAUAGCAGUAUAUUCCAUGCGUAUAUAUUUCAUUUCUUAUUUUAAGCACGGCCUAUAACGUACCCCUGUUUUAAAAAAAAUAUAUAUAUAUAUAAAAAGAUUAUCUAUGUACCAAUAAAUUUAUAACAUAUAACGAGAGAUAUAUCCAUAUAUUUUUCUAUAUAUAUAUAUAUAUAUAUAUAUAUAUAUAUGUCAUAGCAGUAUAUUCCAUGCGUAUAUAUUUCAUUUCUUAUUUUAAGCACGGCCUAUAACGUACCCCUGUUACAACUCUACCCAAUGCCCUCAAAGUCCCGUCUGCCGAUUUGACAUGUGUGUUUGUCCUGAUAACUUUUACUGCAACAACACAAUACAUACGUGUCUUGCAGGUAACAAAUUAAAUGCAUUAUAACAAACAGAUUUUUUAAAAAAAAGUCCUUAUUGGUUCUGUCACGUAUCCCUUGUUUAUUGGUGAAAAAGAAAUCGGGUUUUAUGAACCCUUAAAAAGUUCGCUAAUCCAUUUACUGAAUAUGAUCUCAUGCUAAAAUAGCUUUAAAAAAAAACAAACUAGCUCUUAAAUUGAAAUAAGUUAAAUACUCAUUCUCAAGAAGUGUAUGGUGUGUUAGUGAGAGUCAUGGAUGGUUUGUUGUUGUGAUGUAUGGUGUGUUGGGGAUAUGUAUGGUGUGUUGGGGAGAUGUGUGUUGGGGAGAUGUAUGGUUUGUUGGGGAGAUGUAUGGUUUGUUGUGAUGUAUGGUGUGUUGGGGAGAUGUAUGGUUUGUUGUUGUGAUGUAUGGUGUGUUGGGGAGAUGUAUGGUUUGUUGUGAUGUAUGGUGUGUUGGGGAGAUGUAUGGUUUGUUGGGGAGAUGUAUGGUGUGUUGGGGAGAUGCAUGGUGUGUUGGGGAGAUGUAUGGUUUGUUGUUGUGAUGUAUCGUGUGUUGGUGAGAUGUAUGGUGUGUUGGGGAGAUGUAUGGUGUGUUGGGGAGAUGUAUGGUGUGUUAGUGAGAUGUAUGGUUUGCUAUUGAAAUAAUAUUAAGGGCUUACAUGUUAUCUACCACGAUUAUCUAUACUUUAUUCACCAGUUAUCCUGUGUGAUUUUCACAAUUUCAACCACUUUUAUAUAUAAAAAAUGUAGGAUCUGUCAAAUAGACCAAAAUACCUGCGCGGUUCUAUAAACCGGAUAAGAGGAAGCAAAGUGACAAAGAAUUACUUAUCAAAUAUGUCCACUCUGACGCGGUGCCUUGGAGGUCGUGAAAAGGUCAAACCAUUGGGACUUUCUUUCAUUGGAUAUUUUUUAGUCUUUUGUUACGUUUUCGUCAAAUACGCCUGGUAAUACUAGUUUUCCUUUAAGUGUAAUGUUUGGUUUGAACUUUCAAUUUGAUAGAAGAAUGGGUCAAGAUGUGUGACUCAAGGUAUACGUUGGUAUAUUUGUUGCAUGUGCAUGUGUGUUUGAGGCCGUUCAUCCUGUUCCAGUGUACUAGCGUGGGUGCGUAUGAAUGCCAGUGUGCGAAAUAAUUUAUUUUUUGCAAUGACAAACUCAUUCAUGAACAACACAUACGUUGUCUAGAGUUACUCUUAUUCCCUUGUCCAAAAAAUAAAAUAAAAACAAAUUGCCAAGCAAAACAUCUGGUAAGUUUUUUAUGAUAUAGGACAAAUUACAGUUCAAUUGUUUGUAAUCGAUGGUUCAUUAUUAACGGUUUCUUUUCUCUUCUGAAGCUCUCGAAGACCCAAGUCCCUGUAACCCUUCAGUACGGAACAUGUGCAAAGGGCCAGACUUUGAAUGUAGGCUCGACAACUUGAAUGUAACAAGGUGUCUGUGUGUGCCAGGGUUGUACAGAACUUGGACCCAAUGUGCACCAUGUUAGUUCUUUGUCUUUUAAUGGAAGAGUAAAUGAAAAAAACACCAAAUGAUUUCAACUAAAGCAAUUAAGUUUUCUUUGUAUAUUCACUUAUUUAUUUAAUUAUUUAUGCUGUUAUGACCUGUUGGUCACAUUUUCACAUCUACUUUGUGUUGACUUCAUCAGAUUCUGAGCUCGGUGUACGUUUAUCCAGCCAUCCUAAAAUUACAACCAAUGAUAUACUAUUCACCUGGACCACUGGGAGUCCCAGCAGAUAUCCUACAACGUACAAGAUAACCUGGUCGGCCACAGAAGACAGUUUGGAUAUGGGAGAAAUGCCGGCAUCCAACAACGGAGUGCACGUGCACGGAUUGACCCCUGGGCAGGAGUAUGUCUUCACAGUGGUCACUACACUAGGGGCAAAUAGCUUCUACAAUACAACAACAGUGUAUACAAAAUUUACUGUCGUAACAAGUACGUAAAGACAAACUGUCAUGUAAUGUUAAUUGGCCUUUUCCCAUUGGCAUGACUUUUUUUGUGCAGUUCAGAAUAUUCUAUGAAAUUGAAUUCACUAUUAACUUAAGAAGAAUUUCAUAACUCAUAAUACUGAUUUGUUUUGUUUUCUAAUUUUAUUGAUAUGUUAUUUUUGUUUCCGUGUAUAUCUGCAAUUAAUAUUGUUAUUUUAAAACUUAAUUUCAUUAAAUUUAUUUAAUCAUCUAAUUGAGCGGUUCUCAAACUUUUGGUCGCAAACCCUUUGGGGUCGAAAGACCCUUACACAGGGCUCGCCUAAGACCAUCAGGAAAACACAUAUUGUGAAGUAUAAACGAAAAUAAUUUUAUGGUUAAGGGUUACCACAACAUCAGGAACUGUAUUAAAGGGUCACGGCAGGUUGAGAUUCUGCUGGGUGCUGUCCAUGGCUAGACAGGGGUAGAUAGUACUUGGGUGGUGAGGUCAAGCAUUUCACCAAUUGUUGUUUUUAAAUUUAUUUGCUAAUUGACCCGCCGUGAGCCUAGCCCUAGGCUGGGGUACUGCGCUAUAUAAAACCACCUAAAAUAAUGAUAAUAACCUCUGAUCUAAUUGGUCAUUAACUUGCAAUUGUAAUAUUUCAGUACGGUAACGAUAAUCUCGCACUUAGUGAGUCAACUCUAUUUAAAUGUUUCCCUCUACUCGAUUUUAUUUUAAACCUGUAGCAUCCAUCUGCACUUUGGUCUUUACUUUAAAACAUUAAUCAAACAUUUCUAGCUCCGGCGCCACCUGGGGAAAUCAUUGACAGUAUCAGCAGCUUGACCAGCGUUCCUUACGUUUUGAGAUUUCAUCCCUCCGAAGGGAGGGUGGCAGGUUAAAGGGUGACUCUCGGUGACACUUUGCAUGAGGUUUUGAUUCCAGAGGUGACUGUAACAAACCUCUCGGCUGAUACACACUACAACUGCACCAUAACUGCAUACAACAGUCGCGGUGACACUAGUCACGUGACACCGGGGUGUUUCAAAACUGGGCCAGCUGACACUUUAAUCGCUAUGUGAACGAUAUUUUAGUUUUAAAUAUCCACCUGUCUUUCAUUAUUUGUGAAUAGUUUAAAAUUAGCGUUUAUUAUUUUUCUUGAUUAUUACGCUUGAAUUAUUAUUAUUUUUUUUGGGGGGGGUUUCUGCUCCAAGAUAUUGUGACGGAAGUGGAUGUUUGUGCCGGCUAUUUGAGCAUGUUGUCACGUGCUUUGCGUGGAAAACUCAUUUACGUGUUAGCGUGUUAGGGAGACCCAUCUUCUCUUUAAGGACAUUGCAUUUCGCGCUAGUAAGACAUAUUUUCGUGUUAGACAUUUCAGGUAAAUUGUUAAGUAAUGCUAUAGAUCUGUGGGGUCAAAGUUUUAUUUCACAAGUCAUGUCAUUUAAAUUGGCGGUCGAUUUUACAAAUUUAAAAUGUCUUUUUUUUUUAAAAAUAGCCAGUUCUCAUCAUUUUUUUCAAAAUUAUCAUUUGUCUUGGUAGUAGCUAAAACACGCUCUCCCUUUCCCUUAUCAUAACAUCCCCCUUUCUAAGUAGUACCUACAACGAGGACGACGGUGCUUCUGGUUCCUUAAACUUACGUUGUAACGAAAUGAUCACUCACCUGGGAGGAACAAAACAGAGACAGACACUUUUAGUUAUCUUGUCAGAGACAUUUUAAGAUAUCUUGCCUCCAACUACUAGCAUUGCCUUACUUAACCAUCUGAUGUGAUUAUAAGAUUUGACCACUAUCCAACCAAACGUAGCUCAAACAGAACUGACCAUAAUUAACUGACAUUUUAGGAGCGCUACUUAUAUUCCCUCUCCCACACCUACCCCAAACCCCAAAUUGUCAGUCACAAAUGCGUUAUGCUCAUAAUAUAAUAAAGAAACUUUUCUCCUUAGGUUUUAAUUAAAAUAUUCAAGCUUUAAUACUGAACUAUUUAACAAAUCGCCAACAAUAUGUCCGUUAAAGGACCAAUUAUCUUUAACCAGAUAAAUACGCACUGGGGCGCCACACGAUUGCGUUCUCUCCCCCUGUCCUGUAUACAAUAUAUACCAAUGAUAUUCAGAGCUCAAACGACACCGUUCCCGUCAUAAAAUUUGCAGAUGAUACCACCAUCGUUGGUUUAAUAUCUGACAGAGAGGCCUUAUACCAAAACUUAGUUACAAGCUUUAGCAAUUGGUGCAAUGAAAAUAUUUUCCAGAUGAAUGUCUCAAAAACAAAGGAAAUGGUUGUUGACUUCCGGAAAGGAGGGGGGCACUAUUUUACAGAUCUAAACAUAAAAAAGUCAAAGUGUAGAGAAAGUAGAGGCAUAUAAGUACUUAUGUGUCACCAUUAAUAAUAAGCUAAUAAGGCAUGAGCACUGCCAAAUGCUGUAUAAAAAUUCAACCAAAGACUUUUCUACCUUACGAAUACAAAUCUGUACAAUUUCACCCUAAAUAAACAAGUCGCUAACUUAUUAUACAGUGCAACAAUUGGAAGCCUACUUAAUUUUAAUAUUACCUGCUUUUGUGGCAAUUCAUCGUCUGAUAUUAAACACCUAAUAAACAGACUAACCAAGAAAUAUAGGAACAAUACACAAACUAAACAUCAUUCACUUGAAGAACUAUAUAAAGAAAGAUGUUAUUGUAAAACUAAACAAAUUUUUAAUGAUACAUCCCACCCUCUUCAUCACCGAUACUUAGGCUAGGCCCGUUCGGGGCGAAUUCUUUCUUUCAGGGCGAGGACUGACAGAUAUAAAAAUUAUUUUGUUCCCCAAUCUGUACGAAUUUACCAGCGUGCUCCCCCAGAAGUAACAAAUCUAAAUUUAGAACUAAUAAGUCCUUGUUAUGACUAAGAGUUCACUGAAUGGCUGCUUCUUUUCACUAGUGAAAUAAUUUAAUGUAGAUGUCUUGUGUUCAAAUUGUUUUAGUUAGAAAAUAUGACUUAAAAUAUCUAUUUAUUGAUGUGCUGAAAAUGUAUAUGUUUAAUGCAAUCAAAAAAGAUUCCAUUUUUUAUCAAUAAAAGAAUGUUAUCUCAUCUUAUUUUCAGACUUGUAUUUUAAUAUUAAUCUUAAAAUUGUAAAUUCUGAAGAGAGAUCAAAUAUAUAUGCUCUUUAGCCCGAUAUGUUGCUCUCAUUUAUCUGUGUCCGUCCUCUGUAACUGUGGAGAUUUUUAAAAAAAAAUUAAAUGUCCUUUUUUAAUUAUAAAUUUCCCAUGUGAACCACACGAAGGGAUGACAAAAGUUCCUCUGAUAGCCGGGGUCACUACUGGUUCAAUCGUCGUUGUUGCAGUUGCUAUUGUUGUCAUAGUGAUAUUUGUCAGGAAGAGGAAGACAAACAGGUACCAUCAGACCAGAUAUAAGAUUUUAUUCGUAAGGUUAAAGCGUUGAAUUGAUAAAUUUUGUCUAUACACUAUUUAAAAAAUCAUCUUUGAAAGAUUUUUAAAAAGCAUCAUUCAAAUAAAACUCCCCUACCAAAAUAUCCAAUCUUGAUUUAAAUUCACAACAAUGUAAUUUGCAGAAUGUAUCAGUUAUCUUUGCGUUUUGAUGCAAACCUCACGUAGUGAGUUACUGGCUACUUUGUUUAAGUACUCUCAUAUAAAAAUAUCGAAUGUAAUUUUAUUUAUAGUUAAUUUCCCCAACGACAUUAAUGCAAAAUUAAAUAUCGUUUGAGGAUUACAGGACAAGUAGAACAGAUGGGAAUGUCACUAAGACUUGUAAUGAUGAGAUCUCAGUGACCGGAAAAACCACUAACAGCACCCAUCCUGGUGGCAGGACCAUGAACGAGUACAGGACCACGAACAAUGAGGACAUGUCCAUGACCGGAAGAACCACGGACAACGCCCCUCCUGGUGGGAGGACCAUGAACAAUGAUGAUAUUCGUACUGGAGACAAUCAAGGUACUGUAGACGUGAGGCUAUCAACUAUAACUUGUAUACCCCACCAUCAUCCCUCAUUGCAUCUUUUAUCCUUGUAUGCCUCACCGUCAUCCCUUUAUUGUAGUUUUAUCCUUGUAUGCCUCACCGUCAUCCCUUUAUUGUAGUUUUAUCCUUGUAUGCCUCACCGUCAUCCCUUUGUUGUAGUUUUAUCCUUGUAUGCCUCACCGUCAUCCCUUUAUUGUAGUUUUAUCCUUGUAUGCCUCACCGUCAUCCCUUUAUUGUAGUUUUAUCCUUGUAUGCCUCACCGUCAUCCCUUUAUUGUAGUUUUAUCCUUGUAUGCCUCACCGUCAUCCCUUUAUUGUAGUUUUAUCCUUGUAUGCCUCACCGUCAUCCCUUUAUUGUAGUUUUAUCCUUGUAUGCCUCACCAUCAUCCCUUUAUUGUAGUUUUAUCCUUGUAUGCCUCACCGUCAUCCCUUUAUUGUAGUUUUAUCCUUGUAUGCCUCACCAUCACUCCUCACUGUCGGUUUAUCAACAGCACUUGUCUUCGUAUGUCCACAUUAUUGACAUAACAUACCAAAACUGUCUAUAAACGAUGUCUAUACUCUUUGUCUAAAAAAGUUGUCUAUACCAUAGCCUAUGAUGAAUUUUUUUUGAAAUUAUAAACUAUUUGUCCAUUUAUCUAAAAUUAGAACGAACAAAGAAAAUGAAGACAUUUAUAUUGUGUAAUAUUACUACUAUUCCUUGAAUAUGUCCAUGUUUGAAAUUGUCGUUGUGACAUCCUACACUUAUUGUAAUACAUUUUACAUCUUACGACAGGCAAAUACACAUGCCUAUUAACAAUAUGAAACCAAAACUUUCUUGUUGGGUUAUUUUUUUAAAAAGCAACCUUAUACAUAUAUCUUAAUUGAAACAUUACAUCCAAGUAAAACAACAUGAGAUGGUUUCAUUUAUUUACUCCAGCUGAAAGUGAUUACGAUUGCAUCCGGGAAUCAGUGAUGGCGUCAUGGAAAGAAGGGACCUAUGUGAACACCAAAGAAAUAGAGAAUGCACACAGACGUGACCAGCAAGAGGAAGAUGACGUGUAUCAAAAUGUUGCAUUUGAUCAGAAUUGACAUAAAUGUUAAUUUUCUAAACACACCACUGUACAAAGCCAUAAUAAUAUAUCACACUGAAAAUUUCGUUAACCUUUAUAGUCCAUCAUUUGAGUUGUAUACUUUGCUGUUUGAAAACAAUUUUCUAAAAUAAUUUGUUAAAAAUUUGUGAAAUGUGUAGAUCUGCAACAAUGACUAUGUGGGUCACGUGCGACUGGUCAGCGUAAAGGUAAACCCCAAUAAUUCUAAAUAAAGACAUCAUGAAUAAAGGAAUCAGGAAUAUGUCUGCGUGCCAAGUUUCAGCUCCAUAUGUUGACGUACAGUCCAAAGAUUUUGCCUCCCAGCCAGAAACACACGAUAAGUCCAUAUAAAGCAGGCCUGCACAACAUACGGCCCGCCAGCUCCCACUUGGCGGCCCGCGAAGAAACGAAAUAUUCUUUAUUAUUACAAUUUUUUUAUUAGCUUUCACCAAAUUCCUAUUAUCUUUCGGCCCAAAAAUGUUUUUCAUAAAGUUUUACGGCCCACACAAGUUUUUCAUAAAUUAUUACGCCGCGCCUUACAUUAUGAGUUGUGCAGGCCUGGUGUAAAUGAUAUAACAAAAAAUAAUUGGUGUAGCCGAAGAAUCAAGAAAGCUAAUACAGUUUAACCAUUUUUAAAAUCUUUAUACGGCUUAACUCCCUCAACGAAAGCUUUUACAUAAUAAAAUAUAUACUGUACUAUAAUACAUUUGUACAUUAUUUAUCCAUUAUUUUGGAAUGUACAAUAACCAUAAAUCGAUAACCGCAUCUCACGAGGAAAACCAUCCUAUAACUAUAAUGUAUAUGGAUU